GGCAGGGAGCGCUCUGGCUGCUUGCGAGCGCGCAAGCUCGACGUGCGGCGGCUUAAAAAAUAGCCCGCAGCGCCUGCGAGGCGCCGAGACCGACUACACUUAUAAUCUCGCCGCGCGCCGGAUUCCGUGCCUGCGCGAACAGAUCACAGCAGGUUCCCAGCCAAGCGUGUCUUUGCAGCCGCGCGGCGCGGGAGACCCGCCGCGCGCCCAAGAAACAAGCCAUCCACGGUAAGCGUGACGCGGCGCCAAGAAAUAUGGCCCUCGGUAAGGAGAACAACGCCGGCGACGCGAAGGUCUGGAGCGUCGAGGACGACCUCGUCGUCUACGACCACCUGAAGAGUUACAUGCCGGGACCGAAGCUCGCCAAGAGCCCGAAGGUCGCAGCGCUUGUAGCCAAGCUCUCGGCGUCUGCCGAGGAGAUCGUCGCGCGCUACGGCGAGCUCGUGGACAUCAGCGGUCCCGCGCGCCUCCGCCUCGACGAGGCCGUCAAAGCGAAGGCGCGCGCUCGCGAAGGCUUGGCGGUGCCCGCGAAGAAAGCGCCCCCGAAGGCCAAAAAGAGUGGCGGCGCCGCCAAGCCCGUGCAAGCAAAGAAGACGACGAGCGGCGCCGGCGCCAAGCCGAAGAAGAAGAAGGCGCGCGUCGCGACGCCGGCGCCGCCGCGGAGCGAGACCCCCCUGCUCGACAUGAUGCUCAACGGCCCGCCGGUCGGCUCGCAGGUCCUCGUGCGGUGGGAAGGCGCGCCCGGUCCCGAGCGGGACGGCUGCUGGCGGGCGGUCGUCUGCCAGGAGGACGGCAAGCUCUGGCUCGUGGGCGCCCAGUUCGACCCGACCUUCGGCGAGCCGAUGCCGUUCGACCCGGUGCAGGACUCGUGGCGGAUGGCGCCGAGCAACGUGGCGCCCCGCGCGACGCCGCGGCCGCGGCUGCCACCGCCGCCGCCACGGCCGACGCCCGCGCCCGCCGCGCGGCCGACGCCCGCCGUGCGGCCGACGCCGGCGCCCGCCCGCAAGCCGCGCGCGCGCUCCAUUCGCGAAUUGCAAAACGACAUUACCGCGCCGCUAUCGACAAGGGAGCGCGACGCCGUGGUCCGCGUCGUCGCGCAGCUCCGAGGCAAGAGCACAUCGCUUAGGAAGAUCCGCCGCGCGACCGAGGUCCUCCUGGACCGGUCGGAAGGCGCCCUCGACCACAAGAAGGCCGAGAUCAAGGCCGUGUUCCGCGAGGAGGUCGCGCGCCUGGAUCGCGAGGAGGCCGAGGAGUCGCGGAAGCGCCAGCGGCCGCCCGACGACGAUGUGGUCGUGACGGGCUCUGUCAACGCCAUCGAAGCGGUCGAUAAGCGCAUCGCCGACGCGGAGAAGGACGGCCGCGUCAUCGAGAUCGGCGACGAAUCCCCCAAGAAGGCCGCCGCGGACGACGACGACGCGUUCUGGGCCGCCGCGGCCGAGGCUACCGCGCGGGCCGAGCGCGAGGUCGGGCCGCCCGCGCCUCCGGCGCCCGCGCCCGCGCCCGCGCCGAUCCCGAUCGCGCCGCCGCCGCAGCUCUGGCCGCCGGUCCCGGUCGCGCCACCACCGCAGCUCUGGCCGCCGGUCCCGGUCGCGCCGCCGCCGCAGCUCUGGGCACCAGUCCCGGUCGCGCCGCCACUCGCGCCGCCGCCGGCCGGCCGAUCGUGCACGUGCGGGGUGCCGGCGGUACGCCGGACGGCACAGACGGACCGCAACUUCGGCCGCGUGUUCUACGCUUGCCGCUACGGCCGCGACGCGGGCUGUGGCUACUUCGACUGGGAGGACGGCGGCGGCGUAGGCGGCGUCGACAUGCGCCGCGUGCAGUUGCUCGCGACCCUGCACGCGCGCGGGGCGUUGUCGGACGUCGACUACGCGCAGGCGAUGGCGCUCGAGUUCCGGGCUCUGCGCUGA